UCGUAUAGAUCGACAACGUUUCGUGAAGUCGCACAUUCCCGUUUUGAGUAUUCGAAAUGGUGUCUUUUGCAAGGAAUCUUUUGUGUGUAACCAUUCUGGCAGUCUUGGCUAGCACGGGCUAUGCCAUCCAAUGCUAUCAAUGCAACACAUUUGGCAUCCCCAAAGCCUGCAAGAGAAAUGCGAGUAAUUUGAUAGACUGCAGUACCGUUAAACCUCCUGUUCACCUUAGCAAAGUUGGCGCUGCCACAGGCUGUAUAAAGCGUAUUCAACAAAACCCGAGCAUGCCACGUCCGGAAACUCUAUAUAGCUGCCACUUUGGCGAUGUAAUCAACAAACAGGGCUGCCAGUUUUCCGAAGAGAUGAAGUCACAGCGAUAUUCCGCAUUGUCCUGCGAUGUUUGCACCGAGGACAAGUGCAAUGGAUCGGCCUCUUUAGCUCCCAUCGCUGUAGCAAUAAUCCUUUUCUUAGGUGUGGCCCACUUGUUGACUUAAAAGUGCAAUUGAAGUUUCUUCUUCUUCUCUGUAAUAAUAAUUAACACAGACACACACGCACAAAGCCUUUGUGCCGGUGUCUGCAUCUUCUUCCCAAGCAUAUGUGUGAAUUGUAAAUUCUAUCCAGAAUAUAUAUUAGUUCUAUU